ACUCAUCCAACAAAUAACUAAUAGCUAUUUGAAUCUUAAGAACAACUAGAAAAUAUCUUCAAUGGCUAAAAUAAUGGUUCAAAUUUUGGUGUCAAUGCUGCUUGUGCUAGUGCUAGUGGCAGAGGUAGGGGCUAAUACUCCAAGCUAUGCAAGCUGCCAAAUAAAGAAGUACAAACAUUGCUAUAAUUUGGUUCAAGAAUGUCCUAAGUCUUGUCCUUAUGAUUGUACUGUGGAGUGUGCCUCUUGCAAACCUAUUUGUGUUGGAGGCACAAAUCCUUCACAUGAUUAUCCUACUCCUACAUCCUCAACACCGUCUUCGUCUUCGUCUUCAUCCUCCUCUUCUUCAUCGGCGUCUUCUUCUGCUGCUUCUUCGUCAUCGCCUAAUAGCUCAUCUAAAUCACAAAACUCAUCACAUUCAUCCUCUACACCAUCUUCUUCUUCUUCUAGCUCUUCCUCUUCAUCUUCAUCUUCCUCUUCUUCGUCUUCUGCUGCUUCUUCUUCAUCUUCAUCACCACAAAAAACACCGCCUUCAUCCUCUACACCGUCUUCUUCGUCCUCCUCUAGUUCCUCUGCAUCUUCUUCCUCUUCGUCUUCCUCUUCCGCUGCAUCGUCUUCUUCAUCACCUAAUAGCCCUUCUACACCAAAUAAUCCACCAUCUUCAUCCUCUACACCUUCCUCUUCGUCUUCCUCUUCAUCCGGUUCUUCAUCAUCAUCAUCAUCACACAAAACAGCUAGAUGUUGGGACAAGAAGUAUCCAAAAUGUUACAAUAUGGAACAUGUUUGCCCAAAUGCCUGCUCUAGUGGAUGUGAAGUUGAUUGCAACACUUGCAAACCAGUUUGUAAGUGUGACAAACCAGGAGCUAUUUGCCAAGACCCUCGAUUCAUUGGUGGUGAUGGAAUCACUUUUUACUUCCAUGGAAAGAAAGACAACAACUUCUGCCUUGUUUCUGAUACCAACCUCCACAUAAACGGUCACUUCAUAGGUAGAAGGAACCAUAACAUGAAGAGAGACUUCACAUGGGUCCAAUCCAUUGCUAUUCUCUUUGACAAACACCAAAUUUACCUUGGAGCCCAGAAAACAUCCACAUGGGAUGACUCUGUAGACCGCCUUGCCCUCUCCUAUAAUGGCGAACCCAUCACCCUCUAUAAAUCAGAAGGUGCGACAUGGGAAUCAUCCGGUGUGUCAAUUGUUAGGGAAGCCUCCACAAACAACAUCGUUGUCGAAGUUGAAGGAAAAUUUAGAAUUACAGCUAAGGUUGUUCCUAUAACCGAAGAAGACUCGAGGAUUCACAACUACGGCAUCACCAAAGAUGAUUGUUUCGCUCACCUUGAUUUAGGCUUCAAAUUCUUUUCUCUAAGCAACGAAGUCAGUGGCGUGUUGGGCCAAACAUAUAAACCCGACUAUGUGAGCCGUGUGAACAUUGGUGCAAAAAUGCCAAUAAUGGGAGGUGGAAAAGAGUAUAAAACAACAAGUUUGUUCUCUCCUGACUGUUCUGUAACUCGCUUUGUUGGUAACGAUGGAUCCAACGACGACAAUGUCAUGGUGAACAAUUUGAGGCUCCCUAGCAUGAGCUGCACAAGUGGUAUUGAUGGAGAAGGAGUUGUCUGCAAGAGAUAAUUUCAUUGUUCAACAAAUCAAGGAUGCAAAUGAGAAGUAAUAAUACAAUCAAAGAAUUUUUCUAUUUUUAUUUAUAGCAAUAAAGUAUAUCCAAUUAACAAAUAACUUGGAUGAUAUGAUAUGGUUGUUUAACAGCUAAAGUUAUUUACUUACAAGUGUAUACGUGAAAUCAAAUAUAUUAAAUAUAUUUUUCUUAUAA